CACAACCAAACCAACACACGACUUGUCGAGCAUGGACUACUACAAAAUACUCGGCGUAGCAGCUGAAGCAAGCGUCGCAGAUAUCAAGAAAGCCUAUCGCAAGCGCUCGCUCGAAACGUGAGUCGAAUUUGGCUUGGUGACCACUAAAGCUAAUAAUCAGACAUCCUGAUCGCUUCCCAUCCGGCUCAAAGGAACAAGAGGAUGCCACGGCCAAAUUCCAGGAAGUCAACAACGCAUACUACGUCCUCUCUGAUGCUACGCGACGUCGCGAGUUUGAUGCGACACGCGGGUCGGGUGGCGCGGGAGGUGCUGGCUGGUCAAGCUUCUUUGGCGGCAACGCGCAGAAUGCGCGACAACAAGCAGACGCGCAAUUCGGUGAUUUGUUUGAGGAGAUGAUGAAUGAUGAGAACUUGGGCGGCGCUGAAGAUCGUGCUCAAGGUACUGGCCGCCUUUAUGGGCUGCUUGGCGGCGCUAGCGGCGCGGCGCUCGGCUUCAUCUUGGCCAACAUACCGGGAGCUCUUGCGGGAGCUGUAGUAGGCAACAGGCUCGGAGCCAUUCGUGACUCUCACUCUAAGCCUGUCUAUCAGGUGUUUCAGGAGAUGCCUCACUCUGAAAAGGCCAACUUGCUCUCACAAUUGCUGACCAAGGUCAUGUCACAAUUAUCAUGAGAGAUCAAGCCUUGAUUUACAAUGUAGGAGUUUCAUAGAUGCUGAGGUAUAUAGAUCUUAGGCACAUCUUGCACUUGUUCAC